UAUUGUAAUACUUGGUUCCGUUUUCGCGCUGAGAGGGGCUUUCUGUGCGAAGUGCGAAAGCAAGAAGCUCACGACGAUCGAACUCCACACGUUGACGUUCUUUCACUUUCAUGUGUUGUUUGUAGUACUAUCUAUGACUAUUUCAGUCGUGUGAUAUUCUUCCCCUGGUCUGAUGUCUCAGGAUGUGAGAGAACCAUGAUAAACCUGCAUGGCUGACACUCAGAAAGUGUUUAUGUGCUGAUUUGAUGCAAGUAGCAUUCCAUUCAACGAGCAGACGUUUUUGCUCGUGAUUUGAUUCCUCUGACUUCUUGUCACACCGCUAGUCUCUGCUUGUAGCAACUCUGAGGGAUCCAGUUCACUAUGGAUAACCAGUACCCUUCAUUUGGUUCUGGUUUGACACCACAACCACAGUCAAUACAGAGCCCUCUGCUGUCUCCAGGCAUGGGGUUCAACCCUGUGCUGCCCCCGUCCACGGCUAGUCUCUACCCUGGCACCCCAAAUCCAGUGGGGGGACCCAUGACUCCAUUUUCUCCAGCUACACCAGCUUCAGAAGGUUCCGGAAUCUGUCCAACACUUCAAAAUAUUGUAUGUACAGUUAGCUUAGCCACCAAACUAGAUCUCAAAACUAUUGCUCUUCGGGCAAGAAAUGCAGAGUACAACCCAAAACGUUUUGCUGCUGUCAUCAUGAGGAUCAGGGAGCCCCGAACUACAGCUCUCAUCUUCAGCUCAGGAAAAAUGGUGUGCACAGGAGCCAAAAGUGAGGAGAGUGCAAAACUUGCAGCCAGAAAAUAUGCCAGGAUUGUUCAAAAGCUAGGAUUUCCGGCGAAGUUUCUUGACUUUAAAAUACAGAACAUGGUCGGAAGCUGUGAUGUGCGAUUCCCGAUCCGACUUGAGGGCCUGGUUUUAACACACGCUCAGUUCUCCAGCUAUGAACCUGAGCUUUUCCCAGGCCUUAUAUAUCGGAUGGUAAAGCCGAGAAUUGUUCUACUUAUCUUUGUCUCGGGCAAGGUCGUGCUCACAGGUGCCAAAGUGAGGACCGAAAUCUACGAAGCUUUUGAGAACAUCUAUCCAAUUCUGAAAGGUUUUCGGAAACAUUGACACUUGUAUAUUUGUUCAUUUUGUAUAUAUUGUGGUUGGUUGAUUGUGUGAGUGUGCAUGCUUUUCUAAUCUGAAAUGAGAGAGGCAAGUUUGAAAGUGUAAAUAGUUUGUGAGUGAAAGUUAUUUGGAGUAACCCACCCCCACCUCAAUGGCAGGUGGUGCAGACCCAUCUGUGUAAAAUUGAAUAUAUAGGCCUGAUAGUUUCUUACACGUCAGGAUUUUCCCAUAAGUAAUUAUAGAAGAAUUCUCAUUCGACUAAUUGUUUGCUGAUAUUUUCUAGUUUCUGCCUACAUUUUAAAGUUUUGCUAGAAGGGCAAAUUUUUGUCAUUUGAACUGAUGCUUUUUCCCCCCCAUGUAACUCACUCGCUGCCGGCACCUUUGCUCAGACCAAGUCGCUGCCUGCCAGCUUUUUUUUUUAACCUUUUUCAAAAUCCGGUUUCUCUGUACCUAUUUAUGUUAGAUAAAAAUUUAUGAAAAUUGGCCAGUUUCAGUAAGAAAUAUUGAGCUUUACAGAACAGAAAGAAUUUUGACUCGAUAUUGUUUUGUUCAUGGCUAUAGCUUUUCAAAAAAACGACAAACUAGUCAGUACAAUAUUUUGUUGUUUUUGUGAGAGUGAGGCUGUUUAUGUUCUAAAAUGCACACAGAAAUUUAUAACAAAGCAAAGAAAA